CCAACACGCUUGGGCAACUUUUUCAUUUUGGUUAACACACUUGUGUGCAUGUUCAACGCAUUGGUUUCCUUGAUAUUGUUUUGUACAUUUUGGUGCAAACUAUAUAGUCUUGGCGUCCAAGUUCAAAGACAAUCCAUCGAGGUAAACUCUGGAAACAGGAAUACUGUUCACGAUGACUUGAAACUACCGGUGUUGACUUUCGAAGACAAAAUCACUUGGCGGGCUCGAUCUUCAAAUUUGCCAAAGGAACAAGAAGAAUAUACAUCACACUCUACAAAGACUGCUCAUAUGAAAGAAAAAGCAAGACUAUACAAUACAGAGUUAAAGGUACAAAAGGCAACUUCUUUAAGGGAUGCUAGUAAAAUUAGAAAACCUCGGACACAAAGAAGGAAGCAUAAAGUUGGGUCGAACGAGUGGAAGAAGAAGAAUGAGAGCCUAUCACUUUCUAAAAGGCUUCGAAAAGUUUUGGAAGGAAUAGAAGAGGAUGAAAGAAAGGAAGAAACGAUCUCGUCAGAGAGUCCGCACUCGUUACAAGCUGUCAAAGUUUCUAGUCCAAAAGUGGAAGAAGAUAAAGGAGAGAUGUCUGGAGAGAAAAAUACAGUUGAAAAUAAGAAAGUUAGAGUUACUCCUCCUUCGCUCAACAAAAGGAGACGUCUAAUUAUUAGUGACCAGAGAGGCUUGUCAUUCAUACUUGAACCAAAUGUUGUAUCUCACCAUAUCUACGAACAAAGAAUAUCAACUCUGUACCAGAAAAAUGAUAACCAGACAGAAUCUUCUAUACAAACAUUAGGUCAAAAGGAGGGACCAAAGGAUUCUGCCACUCACCAUGUGGUUCGAGACAUAUCGAAAGAACAACUUCAUCAACCCAAUUUUUCUGUUGUUGAUCACAGGGAAGGCAAUAAGGCUUCUGAUAUUCGACAAAAUAUAAAUAAUAGUUUGAACAUGUUGUCUAUGCCGCCUGUGUCGGUUGAUAAGGCUUUUGAUUCAGCUCCAGGCUUAGCAAGCAUUGCAUUUCAAAGUGGACAAACGUCACAAAGUCAUUCUAGACAAAGAAGAAUUCGACAUCGUCGUUAGUUACCAUAUCAACGAAUAAAUAAGUGUAGAAUUUC